UUUUACCACAUUUUCUUGAAUUAUUGUGCCUUUCAUUCAUCUUAUUCGCUCUUCUUGUGUCCGUCCUUGGCUUUCUCCCAGUUCUCUGCCUUCUACUACUCUCUAAUCUCCCUUUCUCGCACGAGUAUGGAUGUGCUACAAGGUAUCAUCACUUACCCGGUGGAGGGAAUACUGAAGUCGGUCGGUUCAGUUGCUGCUCAAGAAAUCGGUCUUUUCCGAGGAUUCAAAAAAGAAGCAACUUAGCUUGCUGUAUCGUUAGAGGAAAUUGAAGAGUACUUAGGCGAUGUUGCCCACCAACCACAUGAUCGGGGCGUGGCAGUGAGAAACUGGGUGAAGAAACUGAAAGACGUAGCUCAUGAUGCCGAUGACGUCUUGGCGGACAUCAACUACGAAGUUAUCCGGCGUAAAGCAGAAAUUCAAAACCACAUGAAGAAGAAGGUACUUAACUUCUUUUCGCUCUCCAAUCCCAUUUUAUUUCGUCAAAAGAUGGCACACAAGAUUAAGAACAUCAACGCGUCACUGGCGGUUCUCAAGGGUGAUGCAUCUCGGAUUCACUUGGUUGCAAGGAGAGUAGAUCAAACCCCUCCUCCAAUUAUGAGGAACAGAGAAACCGUCUCAAGCUUCCGUCAGGAUGAGAAGAUCAUUGGAAGGGAGAAGACUGUGUCGAAUAUCAUUGCAACCUUGAUCGAGUCCAAGAAUCAGGAAGAGUACCUCUCAGUUAAGGCCAUUGUGGGAAUGGGAGGACUCGGAAAGACGACUUUGGCAAAAUCAAUAUUCAACGAUGAUGCCAUUGGUGGACAUUUCCAGGAAAAAAUGUGGGUGUGUGUAUCCAACCCUUUUGACGUUAAUUCGAUUCUAAAUCUGAUGUUAGAGUCCCUUAACUCGGACAGGACAGGAUUUACAAGUCAGGAAGCAUUGCUGAAUAACCUCAAAGAAAGGUUGAAAGGGAAGAGAUAUAUGCUGAUACUCGAUGAUGUUUGGAAUGAAGCUGAGGAUUUAUGGAGCAGUUUUACGGAUUGUUUGUCGAUGCUCAAUUCUGCUCCCGGAAGCAUUACCAUUGUUACUACCCGCAGUGAAAAGGUUGCAUCAAUCACGGGGACAAUGCCGAAGUGUGAUUUGGAGCUCCUGUCAAAGGAGGAUUGCUGGUCCAUAUUAAAGGGUGAAGCAUUACGAAAUGGUAAUGCUCGUUCUCUAGAUUCAGAUCAAGAGGGCAUUGGAAGGGCGAUAGCUGAAAAGUGUGCCGGUGUACCAUUGGUGGCAAAGGUUUUAGGAAGCCUAAUGCGUUCUCAAAAUAGCACGCGUGAAUGGUCGUCAAUUCUAAAAAGUAAAAUAUGGGAAUUACCAGAUAAAGAUCAGAAAAUCAUGUCAGUCUUGAAGUUGAGUUUUGAUAAUUUAACACCGUCAUCAUUGAAGCAAUGUUUUGCAUAUUGCUCAAUGUUUGUGAAAGAUUCUAUAAUUGAAAAAGAUAAGUUGGUCCAGCUCUGGAUGGCUCAAGGAUAUCUCCAUUCUUCUUCCAACAUAAGUAUGGAGGAUAUAGGUAAUGAAUAUUUUAAUAUUCUAUUGCAAAACUCUUUAUUUCAAGAUGCUGGAGAAGAGUAUGGCACUACCAUUUGCAAGAUGCACGAUCUGGUGCAUGAUCUUGCAGAAAAAGAAUUCAAAUCUGAAAGCAUUCAGCAUGUUGCGCGUAUUUCUUCCACUACAAUUGAAAAAAUUCUAGAAGACAGUGUUGAGAGAUUGCAGUUGUUGUUUGUUGAUUGCAAGGUCCCUAGUAACACCUUUCAAAGGUUCAGAGAUUUACGGAUGUUGAAUUUAUACAAUGCUGGAAUAGAGGAGUUGCCCAUCUCAAUUGGAAAGUUGAAACGCUUGAGGUAUCUUAACAUUUCCUGGACAGGAAUAAAAGAACUCCCCAAAUCUAUUGGCAAGCUCUAUAAUCUUCAGACGUUAAGAAUGUCAUAUACACACAUUAAAACGUUUCCUAGGGGAAUGGAAAAUUUGAUCAACUUGAGACAUGUUUAUUUCAACAAGGAUGUGGAAGUUCCAUUUGGGAUGACAAGAUUGACUCAUCUGCAAACGCUACCUUGUUUUAAAUUGGAUAGAGCAAGGCGUCAUAGACUUGAUGAGCUAGGUGGGUUAAAUGAACUGAAAGGGGAACUAGUUAUUGGAUCAUUGGAAUUUGUGAGGGACAAGGAAGAAGCAAUGGAAUCAAAAUUAGUGGAAAAGGCAAACCUACGAAAAUUGAUAUUAGAAUGGGGGAAAGAAAGAAAUGGCAAUUUUCUUGACGAGGAUAUUCUUGAAGGACUCCAACCGCACCCCAACUUAGAAAGCUUGAAGAUUGAGAAAUUCAAGGGUACUAGAUUUGCAUCUUGGAUGAUGAGAAAUUGUCGAGUAACCAAUCUCCGUCAUUUGAGAAUUAGGAGUUGUCAGAAAUUGUUGAGCUUGUGUUGUGGGUUAGAAUAUUGCCCCUCACUUGAGGCGGUGGAAAUUGAGGAUUGCGGCAAUCUAGAAUCCUUCCAAAUUUCACCAUCCCAAUCUCUUCAGGUGUUGAGGAUAGAAGAUUGCCCAAAGCUAAGAUGCACUUCAAUUCAGAGUCUGCCCUCACUCCGUGAUUUGGUUAUUAAGAGGUGCACUACUCUCGAGGGGGACUUGUCUUUAAACGGUUGCACAUCCCUCCGUGAAUUGAGAAUUGAAGACUGCGAUGGAUUCACAAGUAUACUGAGUGGGCUCCAUUCUUGUACUAGUCUUCGCAAACUGGAUAUUGGUACAUGUCGAAAUUUGAGGACUUUGUCGGGUCAUGGGCUACAAACCCCCGUCUCUCUUGAGAAGAUAAAAAUAAGUUUUUGCCCUGAUCUAGAGGCUAUUCCCAGUUUAGACAACCUCACGUCCCUCACUAAGUUGCUUAUUCGGCACUGUGAUGGAUUAAUAAGUCAACCGAGUGGGCUUGCAUCCUGCACAUCUCUUACCCAUUUGGAUGUCAGUAAUUGCCCUAAUCUAGAGGCUAUUCCCAGUUUAGACAACCUCACGUCCCUCACUGAGUUGAAUAUUUGGGGAUGUGAUGAAUUAAUAAGUCUACCGAGUGGGCUUGCAUACUGCACAUCUCUUACCCGUUUGGAUGUCAACUCCUGCGACAAUUUGAUAUCUCUGGCGGAUGACAAUGUGUCCAGCUUACAAUCUCUUUCCUCUUUAGAUUUAUCUUAUUGUGGGAAAUUACAAUAUUUGCCCAAGGGGCUGCACUCUCUAUCUCGUUUGGAAAAGUUGUCUCUCGGUGCCUUCUGCCAAGAGCUCGAUUCUUUUCCGGAUUUUCAGGUCCCAUCGAAACUGAAAGUAUUAGAAUUGAAGGGGUGGCCUAAGCUCAAGUCUCUGCCUCAGCAAAUUCAACACUCUGCUUCUCUAACAGAUUUGCGCAUUGAUGGUUUCGAUGGUCUGGAGGCUCUUCCAGAGUGGUUGGGCAACCUCACAUCUCUUGCUGAGUUGACAAUUUGUGAAUGUAAGAACCUGAUGUAUUUGCCCAAGGGGCUGCACUCUCUAUCUCGUUUGGAAAAGUUGUAUCUCGGUGCCUUCUGCCAAGAGCUCGAUUCUUUUCCGGAUUUUCAGGUCCCAUCGAAACUGAAAGAAUUAAGAUUGUGCGGGUGGCCUAAGCUCAAGUCUCUGCCUCAGCAAAUUCAACACUCUGCUUCUCUAACAUCUUUGUCCAUUUAUUUUUUCGAUGGUCUGGAGGCUCUUCCAGAGUGGUUGGGCAACCUUACAUCUCUUGCUAUGUUGAGAAUUCGUGCAUGUGAGAACCUGAUGUCUCUGCCUACGGUCGAAGCUAUGCAACGCCUAACCAAAUUACAUCAGCUAGAGAUCUUUUCGUGUCCCCGUCUGUCAGAAAGAUUCGCCACAGAAUGGCCAAAGAUUGCUCACAUUCCAGAUAAGAGUUUUUGGUGAUGAAUCAAAAGGCUCUUACCAGAGUGAUGACGGAACCUCUCAUGAAUCGACCAUCUAAUCUAUUCACCGUUGUGGGAAUCUCAACUACACUUACGAAGGGAAUCCAAUAGGAGAAUUGCAUUAAGAGAGGAGAGCAAGCAUAGUACAACGAAAACUUGGACUCGAAAAUAGCAGGUUUCGGUCUAUCCGUGGUUUUUUCCAGUGAUAAUGGGACUUGUGUAGUGACAUCGGUCAUGGGCAGAGCGGGUUAUCUUGAUCACGAAGUUUUACUGGCCAACCUGCAAGGCUGCAAUCAUAGAAAGUGAUGAUCUUGUCCACAUCGUGGAGUGGGUGAAUCCUGAAUUCCAGAAUGGUGAUUUAACAACUAAUUUGGAUCGAAGGAUUCAAGGAGAGUUCGAUGUGAAUUCGGUUGGGAAAUCAUUAAAGACACCAAUGGCAUGCACAACUUCCACCUCCCAACUUAGAGCCACCAUGGUUGGUUUUGUGCUGUGCCAACUAACAAAAUGUAUGGAAUGGAGGUGUCUAAGCAUCGAGAAAGAACGCCAGGCUCAAAUGAAGAAACUCUUGUUAUGAUCUCACCAUACCAGAGUUUAUCUAGAGUGAUUUCCAGAUGUUCAGAUUCCACAAAUGCAGUUUCCAUGACAGCAGCAUGUUAGGACGUUGUCACACAUUUUAAAUACCAGGUAGUUCACAGGCUGCAAUGAGACAGUGAGAUGAAGAUCUCAACUGGUUUCCUCGUCCUACUGCUCUGUGCAAGUUUCGUUCAUGGAGAGUGCUGAAUAGAUUCAAGCAAGUGCAAGAAGAACAUUGUUGUUCCAAUACUUGGAUCAUUACUUUCAACAAUGGCCCUCCUUCAAGUUAUAGUGCUCUUACUGGUCUGGAAGCUGAGAAGAAUAAGAAAACCAGCUGCAGAUGGAGAAAAACAUAACAAAACACCUGUAGCACACCUGUAGCAUCAAUGAAAUCCCAGUUUACUUGUGACGAGGUUUUAGAAAUCACCGAAAACUUUCAAACUGAAAUUGGGAAAGGAGGAUUUGGGAUUGUAUACCAUGGCUACUUGGAAGAUGGCACUCAAGUUGCGGUUAAAAUACUUUCUCCAUCGUCAACUGAAGGAGCUAGGGAGUUCCAAACAGAGUUUUGACAGUUAGGAUUUUAAUUCCUUGGAAUUGCAAGUGCCUUGUCUCGUUGGUUAGAGAUUGAUGGGUUCCUUGUCGCUGCAGGUUGAGCUCCUGAUGAGAAUCCAUCAUAGAAACUUGGCCUCAUUUAUUGGAUACUGUGAUGAAACCGACUACUUGGUACUUAUAUUAUAUACAAGUACAUGCCUAAAGGAAACCUAAAAGAAUCUCUCUCAGAUAGAAGCUCACAUGUGACUUGGGAAAUGAGACUUCAGAUAACACUAGAUAUUGCGUUAGGACUGUUUACUUGCAUAAGGGUGCAAUCCACGUAUUGUGCGUAGAGAUGUAAAUACUGCCAACAUUCUCUUAAGUGAAAACUUGGAC